AUGAAUAUCCGAAAUGUCCUUCCUGUUCAGAAUCAUUUACCCAGAGCGACGGAAGAGGGCACAAUUCAUUUGACAAGUGAACAGCAUCAAAGAAGUCUACUUGUGAUUGUUGAAAAGUUGCAAUACUUGACGAGCACGAGAAAAUUAGCUGGACAAGCCGCCGUGGGUAACAAUACGUCUGGUAGCGCAUCACUUUCUGAACGAGAUCAGACAGAAUUAGAUUAUGCACCACUUCUCUCUUCAAUCACCACUACAACUCAAACGAAUUUGUACGGGGAGCUGAAUAGAUCCUACGAUACACUAACCAUUCUGACACAAGCAGUCGAGGUAUUACAGAAUGAUGCUGUUCGACUGAGUGCCGAAUCAGUUCAGACCAACAGCCUGCUUCAAGCAAUGCACCAACAGCUUAUCGGACUCAAGAAAAGUGUUGAAGCAAAAGAUAUUUUAGUGGCUGGACUAGGACCGAAUGAGGAAAUCCUUCAAGAAGAACUAUCGAGUGUAAAGCAAAAACUUCAGGACAUGGAAACUGUUUCGUAUGAUGGUACUCUCAUCUGGAAAGUGACACAAGUUUCGGAUAAAAUAGCAGAUGCCCAAACCGAGAGACAAAUGUCGAUUUAUUCACUCCCAUUUUACUCGUCACCAACUGGAUAUAAAAUGAGAGCUAGACUCUACUUGUACGGCGAUGGGAAUGCAAGACGAACCCACAUGUCCUUAUUUUUCGUCAUUGUUAGAGGAAAUUACGAUGCUAUCCUGAAGUGGCCAUUCAACCACAAAGUCACUUUUUGUCUCUACGAUCAAUCAGGAGAAGGUCGCCACGUCAUCGACUCCUUCUGUCCCGAUAUCGAAUCGAAUUCAUUUCAACGACCUCACUCAGAAAUGAACAUGGCCUCAGGCAUUCCGAAAUUCUUUCCCAUCUCGAUGAUUCAACAGGCCUGCAACAAUUAUGUGAGAGAUGACACAAUGUUCAUCAAAAUAAUUGCCGAUUUCGACGAUUUACCAAAAAUGAUUUUGCCCUAUGCGCUCACCUUUAAUCCGGGACUACCCAUGCAUAUUCAACAUUAUAUGAUUAUGCAGGAGUUGAAACGACGCCAAGAAGCUACUGUAACAGCUACGUCGAGUACACGAACUAUUACUCAUACUUCUAGCGACUGA